AUGACGACACCCUUAGCAUUUCACCUAUUCUUCGAUUCUAUGUGGAAGUCAUUUGAAUAUCGAUUCAACAGUAUCCUCAAGGAUUUCGCUCGCCAUCGUGAUCUUGUCAUGAGAGAAGUUGUGGCUAUCGAUGUAGUAGAGGCACGUGAGUUGAGGAUCAAAUUUCAUCAGGAACUAGAACAGCAAGAGAAAAGAACCCAGAACUAUUACCUCCACGAUUCGAUUUCCUGGCUCAAGAUCCCAGAUGAAGAACAUGAUGACGAGCUCGAUCAGUUAGCAGAAAAGAGGCAAGAAGGAACCUGUGAAUGGGUUUUCAGAAACCCAAUCUUUCAAUCUUGGAAAAAUGAUGCACAUAGCGAUGCUAUUCUUUGGGUGAAAGGGAUCCCAGGAGCGGGGAAAACUAUCUUAAGCACCCAUAUUAUCCGCCAAAUGAAAGAAGAAGGCAGGUUCACGACUGUUUACCAUAUAUGCAACAGUUAUACAACAGGAAAGCAUCUUCUUGGAGAACUUAUGCGGGGUGUGAUAGUUCAACUUUUGAGGGCUGAUCGCGACCUUGCCCCUUAUAUAUUUGAGAAUUAUGCCAACAAAGGUCUGGCUCCGAGCGCAGCCCGCGUAAAAGGAUUGCUGGAAAAGCUUGUCCAAGCAAUUCCCUCUAUACGAAUUAUUGUUGAUGGUUUGGACGAGUACCCUCUUUCUGACCAGAGAACAAUUCUGAAUGAGUUGCUAUCGCUGUCUAAACUACCUGGUGGCCAAUGCAGGAUAUUAUUUUCUAAUAGGGAGAGUGAAAAUAUCAACAGAAGGCUGAAUGGCAAGCCUACUAUAUCUCUCAGGGACGAAAACGUUGACCUCAAGAAAGAUAUUGGGCUAUACGUACAUGCAGAACUCGAUAGCUUUCGGGGUGAUUUUGGUAACGAUCUGAUUGACCGAAUUGAAAGGCAAAUCGUGGCCAAGGCCGAUGGCAUGUUCCUCUGGGUACGUUUGAUCAUGCAAAGUCUAGAGGAGUGCCAUAGCCCACAGGAGCUUGUAGAAUCCGUUAAGACUCUCCCAGAGGGUCUUGACAAAGCGUGA